CGGCGGUGACCUUUUCCUCAAAUUUUAUCACGCGACAUCCGCCCUCUUUCGGGUCAAGCCGAGGCAGCGGUUUCCAGUCCCUCGCCGGUCAACCACCGCCUCGGAUCACAACCCCCAAGAAAUAUUCCGUCCUCCCCCUCGCCACCCACGGUUCUUUAUUCGUCUCCAGGGGAAGGAAGCCCAAGAUUCCACAGCCCCACCCUCCCCCGACCGCCGCAUCGGUGGAGAAACCCCAAAUCUAGCAGUCUCCGAUCGUAAGAUUGCGAGGAGUUCGACAAGAAGGAGACGAAUCAUGUCGAUGUCGGACUCGGACUCCUCCCAAAGCGGGGAUCACAAGACAUUCCGCCAGAUAACCCGCGACCGUUUAUUAUGUGAGAUGAUUCGAUCGACCAAAGUGAAGGACUCAAAAUCAACAUGGAAGGUGCUCAUCAUGGACAAAGUUACUGUCAGGAUAAUGUCAAAUUCUUGCAAGAUGGUGGACAUCACAGAGGAAGGGGUUUCAUUGGUGGAAGACCUAUACAAAAGAAGGCAACCCUUGCCCACAAUGGAUGCCAUAUAUUUUAUCCAGCCGACAAAAGAGAAUGUUGCCCUAUUCCUCUCUGACAUGUCAGGAAGAUCUCCUUUGUACAGAAAGGCCUAUGUAUUUUUCAGCUCAUCUAUACAAAAGGAACUAGUGGCUCAGAUUAAGAAGGACAGCAGUGUCUUACCACGCAUAGCUGCAUUGAGUGAGAUGAAUUUGGAAUACUUCGCUAUUGAUAGUCAGGGCUUUGUGACGGACCAUGAGAGGGCUUUGGAGGAAUUAUUUGGGGAAAAUGUGGAAGGUUCUCACAAGUAUAAUGCCUGUUUGAAUACAAUGGCCACUCGUAUUGCUACAACAUUUGCUUCAUUGAGGGAAUUUCCUUAUGUGCGCUACCAUGCUGCCAAAUCAUCAUUAGAUGUUUCUACUGUGACAACACUUCGUGAUUUAGUCCCAACAAAGCUUGCUGCUGCAGUUUGGAACUGUCUUGUGAAAUACAAAUCUACAAUUCCUGAUUUUCCCCAGGGGGAGACAUGUGAGUUACUCAUUGUUGAUCGAACAAUAGACCAGAUUGCUCCUAUUAUCCAUGAGUGGACCUAUGAUGCCAUGUGCCAUGAUUUGCUAAAUAUGGAGGGCAACAAAUACAUACAUGAGGUGAAAGUUGAAACCAAAGAUGGAAAACAAAAAACUGAAAAGAAAGAGGUUCUUUUGGAAGAUCAUGAUCCAAUCUGGCUUGAACUUCGGCAUGCGCAUAUAGCAGAUGCUAGUGAAAGGUUACAUGAGAAGAUGACUAAUUUCAUAAUGAAGAAUAAGGCAGCGCAGAUUCACCAGAGCUCAAGAGAUCGUGGUGAGCUGUCAACUAGAGAUUUGCAAAAGGUUGUUCAAGCUUUGCCAAAUUAUGGUGAACAAAUGGACAAGCUUUCUCUCCAUGUGGAGAUUGCAGGAAAGAUUAACAAUGUGAUUAAAGAACUAGGACUUAGAGAAAUUGGACAGUUGGAGCAAGAUCUUGCCUUUGGUGAUGCUGGGACGAAAGAACUAAUUAAUUUUCUACGGACAAAGCAGGAUGUCACUCCUGAAAAUAAAUUGCGUUUGUUGAUGAUUUAUGCAGCCAUCUAUCCAGAGAAAUUUGAAAGCGACAAAGGUUCAAAGUUGAUGCAGCUCGCAAGAUUGUCUGGCGAUGACAUGAAUGCUGUGAAUAACAUGCGAUACUUGGCAGGAUCAGAUACUAAAAAAACAUCGGGAGUGGCUUUCUCUCUCAAGUUUGAUGUUCAUAGGAAGAAGCAUCCAUUCAGGAAAGAAAGGAAUGAUGAGGCAGGGACAUGGCAACUAUCUCGAUUUUACCCUAUGAUAGAGGAGUUGAUUGAGAAACUUAGUAAAGGUGAAUUACCAAAAGAUGAGUAUCCAUGUAUGAAUGAUCCAAGCCCUACUUUCCAUGGAACCUCACAGAGCUUACCAGUUCGGACGACCCAUUCUCAGCCUGCUUAUUCCAUGAGAUCCAGGCGGCCUGCCACAUGGGCUAGGCCUAGAAAUUCUGAUGAUGGUUAUUCAAGUGAUUCUGUAUUGAGGCAUGCAUCCAGCGAUUUCAAAAGGAUGGGCCAGCGUAUUUUUAUCUUCAUCGUUGGUGGAGCCACUCGAUCUGAGCUACGUGCGGUUCACAAGCUUACAUCAAAGCUGAAGAGAGAAAUCAUCCUCGGUUCAUCCAGUCUAGAUGAUCCUCCUCAGUUCAUCACAAAAUUGAAGAUGAUGUCAGCUCAAGAACUUUCGCUGGAUGACCUUCAGAUUUAAUUUGUUUCACAGUCAACAUUUUCAGGUUGGCUUGCGUAUUGUGAUUAUGGUUCUCAUGUCUUUUUUCUUUAAAAUAUAUCAGUUUCUUGUCAAGUUAUCAUAGUUUUUUUUAUUUUUUAUUUUUAAUCAAACUAUGGCAAACUGCAAAAUUAAUGUUUUAAGCUGAUUUAGGCUCCCAUGCAGCAAUUGUACCCUGACAGCCUUUUUCCAUGUGAAGAUGCUGCUGAUGGUUUCAGAUUUAAACUGUAUAUAGGAUUUGUAGCAUUCACUUUGUUAUGCAAGUGUGUAAAAUGCAACCGUUAUUUUUUGGACUACAGACAUUUAAAUGUUUAGAGUUGGGUACCAAUAUAUAUUUAGUGAAUAACAUUUUUUUUUCUUAGUGUCAUAAA